GGCAAAGCAAGUAAGCCACGCCCCAGCUCGCCGCGCGCCAUGGAGGUCGGUGGCGUGCUCGUGUCGCUGCUCCUCGCGGCGUUCUCCCUCCCGUGCCUCCUCCUCCUCCUCGUGCUCGCCGAGGCCGGCGUCCGCCUCGCCUCCCUCGCGCUGCAGGGCGGCCGCUACUCGUGGCCCACCCGCUCCGACUUCCUCGGCUACCGCAUCGCGCGGGGCGGGCGGCACUCCUCCGCCGCCGCCGCCGCCAUCGGCGGCCGCUUCUCCUACCCCAUCUCCGGCGGAGGUGGCGGCGGGGGCGGGCUCGGGAUGGAGGAGGAGACGCUGCCGGCGGCGUGCUGCGACCGGCUGGCGGUGGCGGUGUACCGGCGCGGGAGGGACGCGCCGCCCGUGGACUGCGUGUUCUGCCUGUCGCGCGUCGACGACGGCGAGGAGGUCCGCCAGCUCCGCUGCCGCCACGUCUUCCACCGCGCCUGCCUCGACGCCUGGCUCGUCCGGCCGCGCGCCACCUGCCCGCUCUGCCGCGACUGCCUCCUCCCCUCCGAGCCCCCGCGCUCCUUCCCGCUCGACUACUACGACGACGACGACGACGUCCACUUCGGCUUCAACGACUUCUCCAUCACCUCCUCCACCACCACCUCCCCCGCCGCCGCCGCCGCCGCCUACCCCCACGGCGUCGCGCUCUGGCCAAUGUAACAAUCUAGCUUACCAACCCCAACCUCACGGCUCCUGCUCCGCUCGCUCCAUUGCUGCCACGCGCGAAGCAGAGUGCUCCUCUGUUUUUCCACCUCCUUUUUUUUAAAAUUUAAAAUUUACUCUUUUUGCAUAGUUUUUUAGUAAUUAAUUACCGAUUAAUUUCGGACUGAUUGCCUGAUUAUUAGUGGUAACACACGAUGUGGCUGCAGUGCUGUCUUG